AAUCCAAAAAGCUGACUUCUUUUCUCGAUGCAUCCUUCCUGGCAGCCAAAUAUGACCUGUUACAAAGAGGAGAUUUUUGGUCCAGUUCUUGUGGUUCUGGAGACAGAAACAUUGGAUGAAGCCAUCCAGAUUGUAAAUAACAACCCAUAUGGAAAUGGAACUGCCAUUUUCACCACCAAUGGAGCCACUGCUCGGAAAUAUGCCCACCUGGUGGAUGUUGGACAGGUGGGAGUGAAUGUUCCCAUUCCAGUGCCUUUGCCAAUGUUCUCAUUCACCGGCUCUCGAUCAUCCUUCAGAGGAGACACCAAUUUCUAUGGCAAACAGGGCAUCCAAUUCUACACUCAGUUAAAGACCAUUACUUCUCAAUGGAAAGAAGAAGAUGCUACACUUUCCUCACCUGCUGUUGUCAUGCCUACCAUGGGCCGUUAGAAACAAGUUUAAGACUCAGUCCAUCCUGAGUAAUCUCCCUUUAUUUUUGACCAGAUUUAUUUUUCAGCUUUGCUCAGAUCAGAUCUAUGGGACUGGAAUACUAACUAAAAUCUUCCUCAGGACUAUUAGCCCCUGCAAAGUUUCUAUAGGGAGCUGCCUAAUGUAAUCUGAAACCAGAUUUUUCACUUACUCUUCAUACUUCUAUUUUUGAGAUAACUGUUGUAACCAUGAAAUCCUUAUCUGAAAUGAGUGCUUAAACCUGAUUUCUAAAAAUUAUCCCCUUUUCUGAUGACUCGAAGGGGAGAAAAGUCAGUGUAUGCAAAGAAAAUGUUCUGGCCAAGCACAGUGACUCAUGCCUAUAAUCCCAGCAUUUUGGGAGGCCAAGGUGGGCAGACUGCUUGAGCCCAGGAGUUCAAGACCAGCCUGGGCAACAUGGUGAAGCCCCGUCUCUAUUUAAAUAAUUGAAAAAGUUAAAAAAAAAAAAAAAAAAUUGAAAAGAUGAUGUUCCAGUAAUUGCAAGAACUCUUAAAUGGGGAAACAGGAUAAAAAUAACUCACUACUUUUGGUUGAUCCUUAAACACAGCCCUACAUAAAUGCCACUGGGAGAGACCUCCUACAAAGUUUUCUUACACCUCUCUUUUAUCCCACAAUAUAGAAGAUAUAA